AUGACCAUACAAAGUGUAAAAUUAUCUAUAAAAAAUUGGGAACAUGGUUUUAUUGAAACUAAUAAAAGGCCACCUAAAAAGGAAGAUCUUAAAAAAUAUCCAGAAAUUAAGCGCUUAUACAAAAAAUAUGCCCUCUUAAAACGUGAGCAAUCAAAUAUCGACUCAACAAUUAAACAACUAAAUACUCAUAAAUCACCCGAGAAGAGGCAAGUUGUAUCAAUCUCCAAGACACCCAUAACUAAAGAGGUCCGAUCCGCUUUUGAAUUGGGGCCAACUCCUCAAAUAUACGGGAAAUCUGUAAGCAUAUUUGAGAUGAAUAUAUCCCCAAUGCAAAACUCAUUAGCUAAUCCUAGCAUAGAUAAGGAUAUUCCAUCACUUCCUCCAAUUAAAAGAAAGUUAACUUUCGAAAUGACACCAAAUUCUUCUCCCCAAAAAGAAGAUAUAAUUGAUACAAAACCUACGAUACAACAUCAAAGGCCGAAGAGUAUGCCAUUUUCACCAUUGAAACUGGAGGAGAAUAAUAUUCAGCUAUUAAUACGUAAAACUCCCUUAAAACCUUCAGACUUAUCUAACCGUUUACUUAACAGUAAGAUUUCCAAUAUCUCAGAAAGUCCAUCACCUCUGAUUAAGAGACCUAUAGCAAGAUCUAUAUACGAAUUAGAUAGAGAAACUAAAUCUAUUGCAAAUGAGUUUAAUGAAUUAAAAAAGAACUCACUUGAUGAAGAUUUUAUUACUUCAAACAAGGUUAGAGACAUCUUUACGGAAGAAAAAAAUGAUGUUAAUAUCCACAAUACUGACAACGAUGAAAUUAAUGAAGAAGACGAGAACACAACGGUACAACAAAAAAAUAAAACACAAAAGACAAAAGGUAGGCGUCUGAUACGUAGGCUUGAAUUCCCAGAAAAUUCAGAAGCAGCCGCUAAAGUACCUAAAGAUCUUCAUAGGGAAUUGUAUAAAAUUAAGAAAAAAAGAGUUAAGGAAUUUUUAGGCAAAGAACAUAAACAAGCUUCAAACGGAAUGGAAACAGAGACUGAAUCUGAGGAUAGUACUGAGGAGGAUAUAGAAGAAGAUAUAGUGGAGCAGAAGAUUACUACUAAAAAGAAGAGGCCCAAAAAGUAUAAUUUAGUUAGUAAUAAUUUUAGAAGAUUAAAAUUAAGGAAAAAAGCCAACUUUAGAAACCGUGGACGUCGCUAA